CGUCCCGAUUUAAUUAUAAGGUACGUUAAAAGGCAAUUCCUGAUAAGUAAUCAUUUUUCCUCCUUUUUCUUCCCACUUUCUUUUUUUAUAUAUUUAUUUCACAUCAAAAAUCAAUGUUUGAUGCACCACCAAGCACAAUCUUGAACUCUUUGAACAAUUUACUGGAAAAUCCUAAACAAUAUUUGGCCGACGUAUGCUUUACUUUUAGUUCCAUAGAGAUUUGGGCUCAUCGUGCUAUUAUAUUAGCGCGAGCACCCAAAGAGUUUGUGCAGAGUUACUUGCCCGAACUAUUAUCAGGACAAACAGAAAUUAUCUUGAAACUAGAUAUGAACAAUAAUGCAGCCAUGAUUUCAGCAGAGCUAUUUUCCUCGUUGCUACGAUUUUGGUACACCGCCAGCUAUUAUCAACCUGUAUCACCUCAUUCCAGCAUCAGCGAAUUAUCUAUUGCUACACCACCGAAUGCUUCACCCAGUCUCUCAAAGUCAUCUUCUACCGAAUUUAUCACCAUUCAAAACGAAAUUGAGCAGCUUGGCAUCCAAUUAGGCACAGCACUCUUACCCUUGCACUGUGAAUCCGUGCCAGAUUUUGUCCAACUAGUAGCCGAUCUAAAAAGAAUGCGUGAUGAUAAAAUCGCGACUGAUGUCACUAUUUCCUUGAUAUCCAACACAACUGACAAUACACCUGUCUUGUUGUCUACUUCCCCAGAGAACCAUACCCAUGCUAUUCCCAUUGCAACAUUCAGAGCACAUCGUUUUCUCUUAGCAGCACAGUCUACCUAUUUCUAUGCACUCUUUUGUACACAGUUUCAAGAAGCCAAAAGCCACACUGUUCAUUUUACAGAUGAUCUCUUCAACGAAUCAAUUAUCGAUAUGAUGCUCAACUUUUUUUACACAGAUAAGAUUAUCGUGUCUCCUCUAAAGUACGAUACUAAGAAACCUUAUUCGCCAUUGCAACGUCAGCUUGAACAUAGUAAACAUGCUUUACGAGUGAUUCAAAAGGCUUUUUACUCUGCAGACUAUUUAGGUCAUAGUGAUAGUUUAGGUCAGGCAUUAUUAUUCGAAAUGGAAAAUGUGUGUCAUCAGUUUAAGUGUGUGUGUCCCCAAUGCGCAGUGCUAUUACCCUCCAUGUUGGCUUGGUCCGACAAACAUGUGGAUGUUGUACCCAAAUUAAAACGAACUUUGAUCUUGCUAUUUUCGGAACCAGUUCACUCCCUGGCAUCGCUGUGGUCGCAACGUCCCUUUGCAUUACUUGUGUCAUCGAUGGUGCCCUCUUCUUCUCUACUAGGGGAAGAAACAUUGGUGGCGGUCAAGAGACAGGAACCCUUAUUUAGAGCUAGAGCAGCUAAAACUUUAGUUCAUGAAAUAGUUGAACGCACAUUUUAUAAUGUAACGAAGCAUAAUGCAAUUCAUGUAUUACAUUCAAUUCAUUUAUGUUUGUCACAAAGUCGUAGUGCAGAUCCCAAUCCGUCUUGGUCUCGGCCCACUUUAAGCCUGGUCAACUCACUUUUGAAAUACACGAUCGACCUGGUUUGUCAAUUCUUUGAUUUUUAUUGCGUAGAGUAUCCCAUUUUAUUAUCAUGUGUUGAUGGCAUCGGAGCUGGUUUCUCCGUCGAUUUCUUGGAUUUCCUUUUACGUCAUGUGCUUCAAGAAGGUAUCCAAACAUCCAAUGCAGGUGUCAUUUAUCAAGUCAUUGUACGUGAUUUAGUGGGCAGACAGGAAGUCGUACGAAAUAUGGCCGUCGAUGAUGUACUGACAAAAGCAAGAAUAAGAUGCGCUACUUACAUUGCAAAGAACUGGACAAAAGUGAAAUCCCAAGGUGGUUUCCGGACUCUGGAUAAAUCAUCUAUGCGUCAACUAGCCGAUGAUAUCAAUAUUCCCUAUCGAAAUUUGACGAAACCCUAUGAAACCGAAUUUGCCAAUAUCUUUAGUUUCAAACCAAAGAAAUCAAAAAAGAUUGCAGUCACAGAUGACAAGAAUGCUUUGUUGACCGAAGUGUAUACUCGUCGUCUUUCACUGGGUAAUUUGAUGACCAGAGCCUCGAACCCGAACUUACGCACACCCAAAUCAAGACCAAGAGCUCUUUCGACUGAAUCUGUAUUGGCGUCGGGAUUAGCAAGAUAUAACCCUCCUCGUACUACGCCAUUGGAAAAUCAACCAUUGAUUAAUUUACUUUCCCAUGAGACCGACGAAAGAAGAAAAGCUUUAGAAGAAGCAGAUAUUAUCCCACAACCUUCCAUUUCAGCUACUUCCUCCCUUGUUGAAUAUCAUCGUCCUUUACUCAGAACAAGUUCAUCCUUUACUUCUUUAACAGAUCAACUAUUACCUGUAGAUUGUGUUGUGAUCACACCACCACCUAGUACAGCUAGUAGUAGUACCAGUACUCUGGAUGGGACAGUAAGACCCAGCCGACUUAAAUUUGAGUUACCUACCACACCAGCCAGAUCCAAGUCACCCAGUUUACCUCAUCUCGUUCAUCAUUCAUCGGAUACCCCUUCUUACCUAUCACCCCAAGGUACCAAAAAUCGUAGUCGUAGGGGUAGCAAAACCCGCAAGUCCAGAUGGAGUAUUGGCAGUAGUAAUUAUAAUAGUGAUAUCAGCGAUGAUGAUGAAUUUGCGGCAUUGCCUGUUUUGGGCAAUAAGAUUGAGUUGCUACGUCGACCUUUACCUACUAUGGGUACGAUUAAAUACAUUGGUCCUGUUCGAUUUGCAGAGGGAACCUAUAUUGGAGUUGAGCUUGAAAGUCGAUUGGGUAAGAGCGAUGGAUCGGUAGACGGAAUUCGAUAUUUUCAUACAGAUCCACAACGGGCGCUUUUUGUAAAACCAGACGAUUUUAAGAUUGUUAGUUACCAAUAAAGAGUGUAUAUAUAUUUAUAUAUAAAAUUAUGUUUAUUAUUCAAA